AGUUAUCAGAGGAGGAGCUGGCUGGGAAAUAAGGCAGAGGUGCAGACAGGAAAAACUUUAGGUGUGUGAGAGGAGCAGUCUGGGGCUGAAGACAUUACAGGAGCUCCAUGAGGAGAGACCAGAUGCUGCUUUGUGGAGGUGUCAAGUGGACAGCACAGAUAGCACAAGCUCCCUUCAUCACUGCUAAUCAGUGGAUGGCCUAAGGCUGCCUGUCAUUAAGGCUAGAUUACGCUUGGCUGUCAAUGUCUCUAAGGAAGAUGGACCUAAGUAAAUAGCUACUCUCUUAACUUGAAGAAGGAGAUCAGGGAGUUGUUGAGAUCAGGAAAUCCUGUCUUUUGUGUUUACGUUUUUUUUGGACAUCUUCCAGCUGUCAAGUUCAAUUCACCAGGUGGACCUCAGAUCUGAUCACAGAUGGACUUUUCCCAACAGUGAUGGACACCAAUGUUCAGGUCCCCAAUGAUGUGACCAUCUAGAAAGGACCAUCCUGCUGACCUCUCAACAUCUUCUGGAUAAACCUUUUAUGGGCAGUGUCCAGAUUGGAUUGUGAAGAAUCUGCUUCAUUGAAUUCUACAUCAAUUCAUAAGAGCUCCCUUGGCUGCACAACCUUCUCUGCAAUGCUGACUGCUGUAUGUAGCUCUCUGGGAAACCAACCAUCAGAGGCUCCUAGAUCUCCAUCCACCUCUGAACUGCCCUUAAAACAAUAUACCAUCCCUUCAGAAGCCGAUUCCGGUUUGCCUCUUCACGAGGACACUGCUCAAGACUCCCCCUAUUCUUCUGAGCGCUAUACAUCACUGUCCUCUGUACGACUGCCAUAUCAAACUUUUGCAGGAAGAGACUCCUCAGAGACCACAUCAUUCACCAAAUUUCUGCACCCACAACUUGAGAUGUCUCAUCCAUACGAGUCCUGGAUGAGACCUCCAGCCCCUGGGGGCCAUGGGGAGGAGAGUGGUAUUCCUUCAUGGUGGGAUCUUCAUGCUGGAUCCAGCUGGAUGGAUAUGCAACCUAGUUCAGGAGGCUUUACAGCUCCCUCACCCCACCAAGCCUCUUUAGGAUAUGGUUCUGACCUUUGCAUUCCUCCUACACACAUGCUGACUCCUGCACCUCAUCUAAUGGGAAAUAUGGAUGCAACAAUGGAAUCUCAUGCUGCCGAUCCCAGUUCAGAUGCUUCUCCUCGUCCAAAGGGUGCCAGGCGAGCAAUGCCACGCAGUGCUGCUCAGACUGCUUGCCGUUGCCCCAACUGCCAAGAGGCAGAACGAGUUGGCUCAACUAAUGAUAUAACAAAGCGUAAAAUUAUGCAUAACUGCCACAUACCUGGCUGUGGAAAGGCAUAUGCCAAGACGUCUCACCUGAAAGCUCACUUGCGCUGGCACAGUGGAGAUCGCCCCUUUGUCUGCAACUGGCUGUUCUGUGGGAAGAGAUUCACUAGAAGCGAUGAGCUACAAAGGCAUCUACAGACCCAUACUGGGGCAAAAAAAUAUCCUUGUUCUUCCUGUAGUCGUGUCUUCAUGCGAAGUGAUCAUCUGACCAAGCACAUGAAGACCCAUGAAGGCGAAACCAGGGGAAACUCAGAGACCGCUGUCAAGACCAAAAGAGAGCCAGAUGAGAGCAGUAGUAGCCAUUCUUGAAGAUUUUUAGUAGGACAGGGCUUCACCCCUGCAAUGAUAUCCUCCACAUUCAAGAAACAGUAGUGUGGAAUAGGUCAGUGGUGCUCAACUUCAGCAUUCAAGGGCCCUUUUAAGGUACAUAAUAGUUUGCGUUGCUUGUUUUUAUAAAAGGCAGGCUUUACCAUGUGUUCUGCAAAACACAUUGGAAUAUGUGCAUUGCUGUGUACUGCAUUUGGCAGCCCAACACACAUAUACAGCAACAGAAAUAUGCAUAUUCACCACCCAGUUGUCAAAAAUAAUGCAUAGGGAGCUCUCUAAAAUGAACGGGCUACCUUUAACACAAUGCACCUGCGUCAACGCACAUGGAUUUCCAUAUGCAAAAUUAUGAAUGAACCCAAAAAGAGUACAUGCAUUUUAGUUCUUUUCAGACUUGUAGGUGUAAAAAGUUGCUAUACUAACUAAUGCAGCUCUGCCCUCACCUGAAAGUGAGCAAAAUAUGCACUAUUUAGUAGGCCGUGGUUAGUGAAGUUGAGCACCAAUGGAUUAGGUUAUUUUAUGUAUUAAUUUAUUUGUAGAUAGACAAUUGCCUCUAGCACAUACUGUGGUGUAGUAAUGGAACAAGAAAUGGGAAGAUGGGCCAGUAAAUGCAGAAGAGUCUGACUAUAAAAGUAAUGGACAAUUAAUUGUGGAAAAAGAGACUUAAUGGCAUUAAAAAGUUAGAUCUGCUAGAAAGGGGUGUUUCAUUGAUGGGUGACUGCUGUAAAAAAAAAAAAGUGGCCUGCUUCUAUCUCUCUGGGAUCCAAGCAGCGGAUCUCAAAGCUUGAAACUUUCGCAAAACCAACCCAUCCAUGAACAAUUCUGUUGUCCUUAUCUUUAAGCUUUUCAAGAUAGUCCAGCGCUCUCCCGUUGCAUUUUCUAUAUGUGGAAGGCAAAUUCAUUAAUGGGUCCUGACUAUCUGGUGGACAGGGUCAGGAUUUCGGCGAGUCCUGGAGGCAUAUAGGUAGCCAACAGUGACUCAUUUGACCACAGUCCAACCAGGUUUGGCUAGUCUUGGCACAAAACUUCCACUGAUUUCAGGUUUAUCAUGUAUGUACCCGUCAUGGAAAAGGGUUACCUGAAAGCAAGAGACCAUCUAGAGUUCAACCAUUCUCACAGAUUAUGCCAUUUAUUGCAAAGUCACGGCAUGACAAAAGCAUGCAGUGUUUCAGGGUGUGGCUCGUUCUCAGGUCUAAUGAAGGGCCAUGCCCUAAAACGUAUUUCUGUUAUGUCUUGACUUUAACUAGUCUUAUCCAAGAAAGGUGUGUAUUGGGAGGGGGUUGGUAUAGGGUGCCCUGCUAUAGUUUGGAGCUCAAGUGAUUCAGGAUAUACAGUAGAAAUGCAGUCCUGAAGGCUCGUAUAUUGCAUUUUUGUGUUCUUAUGUGCACUUAUUAAAGUUCACUAUUUUAUAUUGAGGUUUUCUGCCUUUUGUAAUGGGAGAUAUGAUUUACAUUUUGCAUAUGUGUUGCCAUUCAAUACUUUUUAUAAUUCCACAAAUGGCACCCAAAGGCUCGAAGGAUUUAGCACCCACUUAAAGGGAUUUUGCCAUCAGAUCAAAGUUUCUGAAUUACUCCAUGUAAACAAACAUAAAUGAGUAAAUACCUGCUGCCCCACAUAUUUAGUACAUUUUUUAAAUCGGUGCUCAAAAUGUAAUACGUGCCCAUCACUUCUGAUAGUCAGACGCCCCUUCGCACCUAAUCCCGCG